GCUUACCAGAAGUAACUUUCUAGCUAUCAUUGCGUUCCUUCUAGAAGCGCCACAAUACUCUCCUGUCUGAAGCGUCGAUAGCUUUAUUAGACAUUAAAUAUUUAAUAUCUGAAUAUAAAGUAGUGAGUCAUGUCGGACCUACUUCGUUGGUGUGUGGAUCAGUUGCAUCACACAUUUGGUUUGGAAGCAAGCGAUGAUAUAGUUCAGUACAUCCUGUCCAUUGAAAGUGGGGAGGAGAUUGCAGAGUACGUCUGGGACCUGUUGCAAGGUACCGAGGGGAAGAAGAAGCGCUGGUUCAUUGAUGAGCUGCUGGUUCGAUGGCAGAGAACUCGCUGCCCAGUCCCAGACGGUGCCAGUCUGUUUCUGUUGCGAGAGACACCUUCUGAAAUGCAGGAUGUAGCCAAGGACUUGCUGAGGAAGUCUAAACGCAAAGGACGAAAUAGACAGGAGUUGCCGACCAUGAGCGACCCAGAGCCAGGGCCAGAGGUGGUGAAAACACCCAUUGACCUGUUGAAGGUACAGAAAAGCUGUGGACCGUCUUCUCUGAAGAAAAAGAAUAAGUUUGUGAACCUCUACACUAAAGAUGGACAGGAAAAGCUGACCAUCCUGUUGCCUGGGCGACAUUCUUGCACAUGUCUGGCUCAGAAGCACUGCCUCAUUAACAAUUGCAUGACCUGUGGCCGCAUUGUGUGCGAGCAGGAAGGAUCUGGGCCCUGCCUUUUCUGCGGGUCUCUGCAGGUAUGCACCAAAGAGGAACAGAAGAUCCUGCAGAGAGACUCCAACAAAAGCCAGAAACUGCGAAAGAAACUGAUGAGUGACCAUGUCCGGCAGAGUGAUACUGCAGAGAAGGAAAUCCUGCCGCAUGAAGAGGAACAGAUGAAAGUGGGGCUGGAGAAAGCACUCCAACACAGAGACAAGCUGUUGGAAUUCGACAAGAACAGUGUGCAGCGUACACAGGUGCUGGAUGAUGAAUCGGACUACUUCUCUACCGACUCCAACCAGUGGCUUUCCCCAGGGGAGAGGGAGGCUCUGUGUAGGCGCGAGAUGGAACUUUUGGAGCUGCGCCACGCAUCUCGCAAGGCUAGGAAGAUCACAUUGGACUUUGCUGGCCGACAGGUGCUAGAAGAGGGAGAAAGCCUGAACCAGUACUACAGCAGAUUUGAUGAAGCUGUCCAGGCCAUCAACACAGGAACCAUGGUGACCAUGUCUCAACAGUCUGACAACCCUCCACUCAGAGAACUACUCAACCCCAACAUCCUGCAGACUGCACCCCAGUGGGUAGACAUGGGCCACCGUGAAAUACCGCAGAAGCCUCAGGGAACAGUUGUGGCCAGCGAGGCAGGGCUAGGCCGCGCUCAGUUGCGACUGCAAGACCGAGAGCUGCAGGAGAUGUUCGAUGGGGGCUGGUGCCUCAGCAUGCAUCAGCCCUGGGCCUCACUACUCAUCACGGGAAUCAAGAGGGUGGAGGGCAGAUCAUGGUACACCACUCACAGGGGUCGUCUAUGGAUUGCUGCUGCUGCCAAGAGACCCACCCCCCAGGAGAUCAGCCAUGUGGAGUACCAAUACCGCCAACAGUACAGGACAGAGCUGCAGUUCCCCAGACAAUACCCCACUGGCUGCUUGCUGGGGUGUGUCAGUAUGACUGACUGCCUGUCCCAGGAGCAAUACAAAGAACAGUUUCAUGAAACCUGUGAGGAUUCCAGCUCUCCUUUUAUGUUCAUCUGUUCUCAGCCACAAGAGUUGUUAAUCAAAUUUCCCAUGAAGGGAAAACACAAGAUAUGGAAGUUGGACAGUCAGCUCCACCAGGGUGCGCGGAAAGGCCUGAUGCCAUCACCCAACUUGUGUGCCUGAGAGAGCGAGGGACCAGCCAUGGCACAACAGGAUUUUGGGAUAUUUAAUCAGCUCUUGCACCACUGCAACAGUGCUUCACACCUGGACCUAUCACUGUCAUCUGCGCACACCUGGGCCAGAUCAGAGUCAAAAACAGAGCCAGUCUCAACACUUGUACAACCUUGUAUGUGGGCAUAUCCUACACCUGGCUGUAAUUGGCUGCGAGUGUGUGCCCCACAGAUGUGCUGAGAUUUCUUUGUUGGCUGUUUUGUGUUAAAUUUUAAAAUAAAACAAUUUUAAAAUGAAUUGAUGAAAAAUGUAAAUAAAUAGGAAAAUGAAAGGUCAA